UAGUAUUACAAGCCAUAGAUACAGUCGAGUUCGUUUUACCUUUGUGUUUCCGGGAUUUCUGAUAUCUGUACAACAAUGCGAGCGGUUCUACUAGCGGCUGGUUAUGGGACGAGAUUGAACCGCGAUUUACGGAAUGAUGAAAGUGGCCUCUACACUCAUCUUAUUGGUGUCCCUAAGCCUCUGCUCCCCAUUGGCCAGCACCCACUCCUUAGUCACUGGAUCCACAUCUUCAAGCAGUGCAGUGCAAUAUCAACCAUCGUGGUGGUGGUAAAUGAAUUGCAUAAAGAAUUAUAUAAAAAGUGGGCGGCAUCUCUUGGUACCAAAGUGAGUAUUGUCAGUGAUGGCUCAGCUUGCAAUGACCAGAGAUCAGGGGCUGUUGCAUGCAUGCAGCUUGGUUUACAGGAGAAGAAAGAGGAUACACUGUUCAUUGCAGGGGAUACAUUGUUAAAGAAAGAAUUUUCUCUUGAUGCUGUAAUUAAAGAUUUUCAAAAACUUCAAACAAGCAAUAAAGGUGCUUGCUUGAUAUUGAGUGCCCCAGUUGCAGAAGAAAAUGUGUCUAAAACUGGGAUAAUAGAAUUAUCAGCCAAAGGAAGGGUGACUAGAUUUGUCGAAAAGCCUCAACCUUCAGAAAUUGUGUCGAGGAUCCAGUCUCCAUGCUUUUACAUCAUUGCAAGAGAGAGUUUGCAACAUCUUGAGAUAUUCCUAAAAGAAAAGAAAGACAAGCCCCUUAUGACACGUGACGCAACAGGAACCUUCAUAUCCGAGCUUAUUCACCGUGCUCCUGUCUACACCUAUCAUGUCAGUAAACGGUAUGAUGUUGGUAAUCUUCAAUCUUAUAUUGACUGUCAUCAAGACUUUUUAAAAGAAACUGUGAAGAGCAACGGUUCUGUGAAACAGUGAGAUUUUAUAAUGGUAUAUAAUGGUUAUAAUGGGUUCAAUUAUUCAAUGAUUUAUUUUCUUUUAAUGUGAUUUCUGUUUUUUCCCUUUAUAUAUUUUGCUUUAGGUAUUGCACUUCAGUGCCAUUAACUGUGAAAUGUAUAAAGCAUAAUGGUUAUAGUUUAGCUUUUCUCAGCAUAUUAUUCAUUUUUCAUGAUAAAAAUAAUUGAUUUUUAUAGACUGUGGACUCUGUGUUUUCAUGCUUUGAUUUGAAAUAACACAAAAGCUAAACUUUAGUUAGUAUAAGCUUCAAGAGAAUGUAUUUAAAAAAAAUAAGUGUAGAGUUUUCAUAAUUAGACUUUCAGUCACUUAAUGUUUCAUCAGAACAAGUAAUUAUAAUAUAAUGUAUUUUAGUUUUUUGUCAGCAGUUUGAGACACUUAAAAUAUGAGGAGUAACCUGUUGCUGUUGUCUGUGUAUAAAAUACAUUUCCAAAGUUUCUGUUAGCUUGGUUUUCAGAGGGACAGUGUAAAUUCAUAACCCUCUGUGUCAUAUCUGAUUAUUUCACCUGUAUCCAUAUAUAGUCUAGUUCAUGAAUUCUGCCAUGGAAGAUAAGUUUAAAAGGGCCCACUGCUUAAAAAAAUGGGUAUAUUUGAUUUGAUAUAUGAUAUUUUGAUGCCACAUAUGAAUUCAAUCCAACCAUCCUUUCCGGAGUAGUUGUCCCAAAACCAUUUUUUUUGUACCAGAGUACCAGAGUCAAUGAGACAGACUUAUAUUAGUCUCAGAGAAUAGUAGUUUCUAGCUGAUUGGUCUGAGAGGGCCAUGCUCAGUUAGGUAUUGACUACAACGUGUCAAAUUAGGUGUUUCUUUCCUACUUUUCUUGAUGGUAUAGAGUCAUGAUGAUGCAUUCAUCAGUAACACUAAAUGUAUAAAGACCAAAGCAGGAGAAGUAUUUGUUGUUCAUAAAGGGAUAACUGAUUAGGAUAUUAGAAAAAAAAAUUGUGCCAGUAUAAUUUAUUUUGCACACAAAACUCAUAUUGAAAAUACAGGUAACCACUUGCAGUAACCUGUUCAUUUAAAAUACUGUAACUGGUAAACUUCAAGUACACGUGUUAUAAUUCCUGAAUAUCAGAUUUAUCCAAGGUUGCAGAAGGAGGUAGAAUGUUUUAUGAGUGUGGAUUUUUUAACAAAUCAUUUCAUAUUUUUGACCUGGUUCCUGUAACAUACGAAACUGAUAAUCAAUAAUGCUUAAUCCGUCAACAAAAUUGCUAAGAAAGACAUUCUGGUUCAAAGCACACUCCAGCUUAUAUGCCAAGUGUCUUUUACUCAGACAACAAAUAGAUUACUUAGGGAUGUGAUCGUAUACAAACUGUAUAUAAUCUGAACGCCUAUGGCUAUGUUGCUGAAGUCCAGUUAUUAAUGAAUCUAUGAUCUUGACAUUCUUUAUUGUAUACAUAACCUGGUACAUAUAAAAAUACCUGUACAUAGGUCUACCAAAUGCUACGGUAUUUACUCACUCAAUUACAAUACAAUAAAAAGUAAUAGCACCAUCAAUUUUGGAGAGAUAUCAGUUCCAAGUGAUUUUUUUUUUUUUUUUUUUUUUUUUUUUAAUUUUGCAAAUAUGAUUUAUAUAUAAACUAAACUUAAAACUGUUAACAAACCAUUCAUGAGGCAACAUAUUUUACCUUGCUUAUAUAAUUCCCAAAAAUAGUAAUUUAAAUAUUAUAACAAUUGUAAGUGAUAUUCUUAUAAUAAAAUUCAUACAGUGAAUGGCUCAUUAUGAAUUCAGUAAUGCAACUGUGUUCUAUAUAUAUAUCCCCUACAGUUACUGAUAACAAGUUCAUAUUUGCAUUAUUGUUAAGAUGAAAUAAACACUUCUGAGGUAUUGUGUGUAUUGAAACUGAAGAAAAAAAGGAAAGCUACAGGAACAUAUGAGACUUCAUAUAAUAUAAGCUUUGAGGUAUUGUUUUCACUGAUUGUUUUUGUUUAGCUGAGGUGAU